AGAUAAAAUGCAGAAAGAAAACAUAUUCAUUCGCGUUCCAUUUAUCUCUUUCCUUCGGGUUCCCAUUCCCUUCUUCAACUUCAAGGCCGCCGCCCCUUUUCAUUUCCUUCUCUAAGAGCGCGUGAAGCCAUGAGCAUCUGCUCUCUUCGCCUCGACUCCGCUCUCACCUCCUUCUCCAGAAAGAGCGGCAAUGGAGGAAAUCGUCCCUCGAUUGCGGCGACAUCGCCGCCGGCAGUCUCGUGCACGGGGAUCGGUUCGGAGGAGAGGGCCUCGGCGUUUUCUCAUGCACGUUCCUCACAGUGGCGCUUGGCGGCAACUAUGGCAGCGGUGGAAGUGGAGAAAGGCGACAGCCUUGAUCGGCUAGGGUCUUUGAGUCAAGUCACCGGUGUGCUGGGUUGCCAAUGGGGUGAUGAGGGCAAAGGCAAGCUUGUCGAUAUUCUGGCCGAACACUUUGAUAUUGUGGCUAGAUGCCAGGGUGGAUCGAAUGCUGGGCACACCAUUUAUAAUGCUGAUGGAAAGAAAUUUGCUCUCCACCUCGUGCCUUCAGGUAUCCUGAACACGAAAAGCUUAUGUGUCAUAGGUAACGGAGUUGUAGUUCACGUUCCCGGACUAUUCAAUGAGAUUGAUGGCCUGGAGGCUAACGGCGUCUCUUGUGAGGGACGAAUAUUGGUUUCCGAUCGCGCACACUUAUUAUUUGAUUUCCAUCAAGUUGUUGACGGACUUAGAGAAGAAGAGCUGGGACAUUCUUUUAUCGGAACGACCAAGAGAGGAAUUGGACCUUGUUAUUCUAGCAAAGUUAUCCGCAACGGUAUAAGGGUUUCUGAUUUGAGGCACAUGGAUACAUUUCGUCAGAAGCUUGAGAUUCUAAUGAGGGAUGAGGCCGCACGUUUCCCGAGAUUUAAUUACAGCACAGAUGCGCUGAAAGAAGAGGUAAAUAGAUAUACAAAGUUUGCCGAGCGUUUGGAGCCCUUCAUUGCUGAUACCGUUCAUGUUGUGCACGAAUCUAUUCGUCAGAAGAAAAAAGUUUUGGUUGAGGGUGGUCAGGCUACCAUGCUUGAUAUUGAUUUCGGAACUUACCCAUUUGUCACCUCUUCGAGUCCUUCGGCUGGCGGGAUCUGUACUGGACUUGGCAUACCUCCUAGGUUCCUUGGUGACUUGGUUGGAGUCGUAAAAGCUUAUACUACUAGAGUGGGAUCUGGUCCUUUCCCAACUGAGAUCUUAGGAAAAGAAGGUGAUGUGCUCAGGAAAGCUGGAAUGGAGUUUGGAACAACUACUGGUCGUCCUCGGCGCUGUGGAUGGAUUGAUAUUGUUGCAUUGAAAUAUUGCUGUCAGAUCAAUGGUCUAACUUCCUUUAAUCUAACCAAGCUGGACGUCCUCUCGGGCUUUUCAGAGAUAAAGUUAGGUGUUGCUUACAAGCAAAUUGGUGGAAAGAUAUAUGAAUCGUUUCCUGCAGACCUUCAAGCUUUGGAACAGAUAGAGGUUGAGUACGAAGUGCUGCCCGGCUGGAAAUCUGAUAUAUCUGCUAUAAGAAAAUUUGAGGACCUUCCUCCGCCUGCUCGUCGGUAUGUGCAGAGGAGCGGCAUUCCCGUUCAUUACAUCGGCGUCGGUCCAGGCCGUGAUGCCCUCAUCUAUAAAUAGAUCUAUUUUUCUUCGCAAUAAACUUCAAUAAAUAUAAAUAUUCUCAGCAUAACGAGCAUGCUAAACUGAUUCAGAAGUUUUGAAUAUUUUCUUUUUUGAGGAAGAUUUACAUGCG